AUGAUGAACCACAUUCUUCUCGAGGCAAACUCUAUUGCCACUCCCGUUUCGGCCGCACUGGAUGCAAUUACUGGAUUCGUGGAUCAAGGUGUAGUGAUGGAUAGUGAUGAGUCACGUCUCGCUGUUAUCCUUUGUGAUACGUUUGAGGCUCGGUUUGGACCUCUUUCGACAGGAAAUCCGAAGAUUAUGUUCCCAUUUGGUCCAAAAGUUUUCCUGGAGCACUUGAUUGACUGCCUGUCUUACGCUGGCGUCAAUCAUGCUAUUCUUCUCUGCCCCUCUGCACAUGGCGAAGAAGUUAUUCGGUCAAUUAUUAAUGCGCGUCAAGAAAAAUAUCAGCAAAUGAAGAUUGAACUGAUUGUCACAGGCGACUGUGCUACAUUCGGCGAUGCUAUGCGAGAUUUGGACGGCCGGAAGAUUGUCACAAGGAAUGAUUUUCUUCUUUUCCGGGCAGAUGCCCUUGCUAAUUUGUCAGCAUCGGAUCUGCUCAGUCGUCACAAAAUCAACUUCAAGCAAGAUAAAGGUGCUUUAAUGACGAUUGUAUUCACGGAACAACCUCCCUGUCCGCGUGCGUCAGUGAACCCUAGUAUCUACAUGUUGGAGAAGGACACGAGCAAGGUUUUACAUUUUGAAACUUUGGGCACUGCAACCAAAUGCAAUCUACCGUUGCCCGCGAAUGAUGUUGUUCUGAGGUCGGAUCUUCACGAAUCUGGAGUAUACAUUUGUGGACCUGGAGUUCCUCCCGCUUUCAGCGAUAACUUUGAUUUCCAGAGUAUGGGUGAUUUUGUGAAAGGGAUCCUAAACAACGAGGAAAUUUUAGGCAACAGUUUGUACGCAUAUGUUUCUGAAAAACCCGGCAGUGCUGCAGCCUGUUUGAAAGACCCACCAGCGUGGUUAGAAAUCUUCAGUGAUAUGGCUGGACGCAAAUUCAUGCCUCUCGGUUUCGAAACUCAAUCCGAUGCGUGGAAUGUCUAUCGAAAUGGGAAGACCAAAUUGGAUCAUGAGACUAAGCUUGUGAAGAAUGUUUUCCUGGCUGACGGAUCCACUAUCGGACACAAAACUUGCGUGGAUAGUUCGUAUGUUGCCGAGGAAACCGUCAUUGGUUCGCAUUGCGUCAUCAGGAAUUCCCACAUAUGGAAGAAAGUCACCGUUGGCUCUCAUUCGACGUUAAUCAAUUGUAUUGUAGGCGAAAAUUCCGUCAUUGGAGAUGGAAUUUGUUGUGAAAACUGCAUUAUCGGACCGCAAGUUGUGUUGAAGCAGAAACCUGAGGCAGGAGACGCGUUAGUUUUUAAAAAUCUCCGAAUUUAUCAUGGACGGAAGGGGAAAGAAGACCCCAAUUCUGAAAAGAACAAUUCAUUGUUGGGGAAACUGACGCAGGAUUCUUACGCGGUUGUUUUCGAUGACGAUCGUGAAACCGAAGACGACACUUCGCUUUGGGAGAACGCUUGGAACCGGAAACCCGCUGAGGAAACUCUGUUACUCCCGGAAAGUGACGAGAACGUGAACAGCGAUGAAGAUGAUUCAAGUACGAGUGAUGUCAAUGAAUUAAUUGAAGACGACGACGACGGUUUGCAUCAUUUUGAGCUUGAAGUGGGAGAAAGUUUGCAGCGCGGGAUGGAGGAAAGCAUUUCCGUCGACAGCCUAGUGCUUGAAAUCAAUUCUUCGAAACAUGCGUACAACGUGGGAUUCGGCGACUUGGUCAGAAUAACAACCUUGGAAGUUCUGUCGAGAUCACGUCCUGAGGUCAACCAGAAGAGUGUCAAAAGUGUAAUGGGUAAACUUUGGGGAGAAUUCGCCGUUGCAGAGCCCAGUUUCAGGGGGGAACCAAUGAUGUUUGUUUUGAACGUCCUGUAUAACAAAGAAGUUCUCACCGAGGACGGUAUCAUAAAAUGGUACAAAAAACAGCCAUUGGACUCGACCGUCGGCGGAGAUAUUCGAUCUAAAGUGAAACGCUUCGUUGUGUGGCUAGAAACGGCUGAAUCUGAGUCUGGCAGUUCAGGCUCCGAAUCUGAGGAUUCAGACGAAAUGACCGCCGGCGAAAAGUUAUUCACGAUUGAUACUGUUAAUGCUGAUCAUAAGGAUGUGAUCCAUGAUGUUGCGUAUAAUUUCUACGGAAAUCGUAUGGCAACGUGUUCAAGCGACCAGCAAGUUAAAGUUUGGGACAGAAACGAAGACGGGCGAUGGGAAUGCUCUGCUGUAUGGAAAGCUCAUAAUGGCAGUGUUUGGAAAGUCACUUGGGCUCACCCUGAAUUCGGACAGAUUCUUGCUACUUGUUCAUUUGACCGGAUGGUUUCCGUGUGGGAGGAAAUCAGGACCGAUCAUCUCGAAGCCUCGAGUUCCCACUGGGUCAAGAGGACGAACUUGGUGGACUCUCGCACCGAAGUCACGGACAUUAAGUUCGCCCCUCGUCAUUUAGGUCUGCAGCUAGCAGCCGCGUCAGCCGAUGGAUUUGUGAGGGUUUAUGAUGCCCCGGAUAUAAUGAACUUGGCCCAAUGGACAUUGAGCACGGAAAUAAAUUGCAAAAUGUCCGUCUCUGACUUGUGUCCCGUUCUAGCGAUGAUCGCUGUUGGGAGUGAUGCGCUGUCGACGACUGGUUCGACGUCGUCCAGAGUUUUUAUUUAUGAAUGGAAUGAGGCGUCGAGGCAGUGGAUCAGAGGUGACAGUCUGCCCGUUGAUACGCCUGUUCACGAUUUGGCGUUCGCUUGUCAAUCUGGGCGGUCUUACCAUUUGCUGGCUGUUGCGUCUGCAGAGCUGCGGCUCUUUUCAUUAGCCCCCGUUAUAUCUCGGAGUGAGUCCACCACGUCUGGAGCAAGCCAAUCUAAUUGCGCUUCAUCCAGCAACUCUCCGUCAAAGUUCGAGGUUCGAUUGCUCCUCGAAAGUAAAGACCAUUCUCCUGCUGCGUGGAGAGUGUCUUGGAAUUGCUCAGGGUCGAUUUUAUCAUCUGCUGGGGACGAUGGAACCGUUCGAUUAUGGAAAGGGCAACCGUCAGGUCCGUGGUCUUGCAUUUUAGCUUUGAAGAGUGACGGUCGUAUGGCAAAAGAGGACAGUGGACAGGGCCAGUCGGAUGCGUUGGUCAGAGGUGCUGCAGACUCUGGGUUGGCAUCUCUUAACGCAGCUGGGGUUGCAGCAACUUUUUACAAGCUUGGUGGAGUGUUCCUGAGAAUUUUACUAAGUUUGUCGAAGGAUGAGUGA